AUGUCUCCCAGGGCAGCAUUACUGGCAGUGGACCAUCCGCUAUGCUACUCCUACUCAGAGCCAGCAGUCCAUACUAACGGCUCGAACAAUGGGAUUAAGAACCAUGCCGCGAAAAACAUGUCGUCGCUGGCGAGCCCGCAAACAAUCGAGGACAGGGUGAGAUAUCUGUACGAACACCAGCAAAUAACCAACCUCCUCAACGAGUACGCCUAUGUCCUUGAUGCGUGCAUGGUCGACCAUGACGCCGCGCACAAGUGGGCCGACCUGUUCACGGACGAUUGCGACGUCACCUAUCCGUUUGGCAGCCACAAGGGUAAGGAUGGACUAGCCCAGUGGGCGAUGAACGCGGAGACGAGGUUCCAUCGGAUGCUGCACUCGUCCUCUAACCUCACCAUCUCCUUCACAUCCGACAACACGGCGCACGCCCGCUCCGCGCUUCACGCCGUCUGCGGCACCGACAGUGACGACAUCGGCAAGGUCUUCCAGGAAGGCGGGUACUAUUACUGGAGUUUCCGGAGGGCUGAGCAUGGCCAAGAACACGGCCAGGAGCAGGAAGAGCAGGGACUCGCCGAGUGGAAGAUCUCGUACCUGUUCCUGGACGUCAACUGGACGAGUGGCGACUCGUUGGGGUUGAAUGAGCCUGGCGCGGCGGAUUGA